AUGUUCUCUCGCUUUUUCUCUUCUGUGCACCUCGCCCUCCUCGCCGUUGUGCUCAGCAUCGUCGGUCGUGUCGUGGGGCUUCCCCAGCCGGCGGAGGGCCCACCGCAAGGUCCCACUGCUGAAGAACUCAUCCACGCCGCCGAGACUGGCGAGCUCGUGAUCGUGCCCGGCGAGGGCCUGCCCUCUCUCGAGUCCCUCGGGCUCACCUCGCGCGACAUCGUCGUUCGCACACUCGAACGCCUCGAGGCUCUCAAACAAGCUGAAGAGGCCAACAGGGAUGCGAAUUCGAGCUCACUCACCAGGAGGUAUACUCCGACAUGCAGCUGGAGCACGUCCAUGUCCAUCGACUAUGCGUGGUUCUGUUAUGACUACCUGCACUCCAUCGGGGGCACGACGUGCUUUGUUCCGUCUGGUGGAUCGAGGUUCUGCCAUACGACCGCCGGGUCGAACAAUGUUGCGUGGUGGGGUAGUGUGAAUGGGGUGGCUUCUACCCAGUCGAGCUGUGCUAAUGUUGCGAAUGGAGGUGUAUGGGUGCUGAAUAAUUGCCGUACCUACAGUUGGGACUACACCUGGUACAUGCUAUCGGAAGGUACCAAUGCUGCUUGGGGAAAUGAGAACCUUAUCGUUACAGUUGGAAAUAUGUGA